UCCUUCCAUAAAAACACCAUCUUCCUCGUUUCUCUCUUUUAACAUUGCAUACCGCCACCAAACACAGUCCUACAUUUUAGGAACUUCUCUUCUCUUCUCUUUCCAGAAAAUAAAAACCAGAAAGAGAUCCAAAAAAAUAAUGGUGCACGGUUUUAUUAGUUCAUGGAGGAGGGUGUUUUCGGAAACUAAAUGUUCUCUGCGACGGGGGCAAUUUGGUCGACGACGCUGCUUCUCUCUGGUGGCUCACAAAGCUGAGCUUGAUAAAAACAAUGUCGAUUCCGUUCCUAAAUUGCCUCCCUUUGAUUACUCUCCGCCUCCUUACACCGGUCCUUCCGCCGUUGACAUCCUUUCCAAACGCAAGGAGUAUCUCAGCCCUUCCAUGUUUUACUUUUACCAGAAACCCUUGAACGUAGUGGAUGGGAGGAUGCAGUAUUUGUUCGAUGAGAACGGACGAAGGUACCUAGACGCAUUUGGAGGGAUUGCUACGUUGAGUUGCGGCCACUGUCAUCCUGAUGUGGUCGACGCAAUCGUCAACCAAACCAAGCGCUUACAACACUCCACCAUCCUUUACCUCAACAAUGCCAUCGCUGAUUUCGCUGAGGCCCUUGCCAAUAAGUUACCCGGCAAUCUCAAGGUUGUAUUCUUUACAAAUUCAGGGACAGAAGCAAACGAGUUAGCAAUGAUGAUAGCGAGAUUAUAUACUGGAUGCCAUGACAUAAUAUCAUUGAGGAACGCGUAUCAUGGGAAUGCAGCAGGAACUAUGGGAGCCACUGCCCAAAGUAACUGGAAGUUCAAUGUUAUCCAGAGUGGAGUUCAUCAUGCCAUAAACCCAGAUCCAUACCGAGGUGUAUUUGGUUCUGAAGGGGAGAAAUAUGCAAAAGAUGUUCAAGAUCUUAUUCAGUUUGGAACUUCUGGGAACAUCGCUGGUUUCAUUUCUGAAGCCAUACAGGGUGUUGGUGGAAUUAUAGAAUUGGCCCCAGGUUACAUGCCUGCUGUUUAUAGCACCAUAAAGAAAGCUGGAGGUCUUUGCAUAGCUGAUGAGGUUCAGGCUGGGUUUGCUCGCACGGGGAGCCAUUUCUGGGGAUUUGAGAACCAUGGAGUUGUUCCCGAUAUAGUAACAAUGGCAAAGGGCAUUGGAAAUGGCAUCCCUCUCGGUGCCGUGGUAACCACCCCUGAAAUUGCAGAGGUCUUGACCCGCAGAAGUUACUUCAAUACCUUUGGUGGGAAUCCUGUAUGUACUGCUGCAGGGUUAGCUGUCCUGAAAGUGAUCGAAAAAGAAAAGCUUCAGGAGAAUGCACAUGUUGUGGGAUCUCAUUUGAAGGAGAGGCUAACUGCAUUAAAAGAUAAAUAUGAUCUUAUUGGGGAUGUUAGAGGAAGAGGAUUGAUGCUUGGAGUUGAACUUGUCACUGAUCACAAGCUCAAGACUCCUGCAAAGCUUGAAACUCUUCAUAUAAUGGAACAGCUGAAAGAAAUCGGAGUAUUGGUCGGAAAAGGGGGAUUUUAUGGAAAUGUGUUCAGAAUGACCCCUCCGCUCUGCUUUACUAAAGAAGAUGCAGAUUUCCUAGUAGAUGCAAUGGAUUACACCAUGGGCAAGAUGCAGUAAGAAUGACCUUCAGGUGUUCCAUGAUAUGUUUGAGUUAAGCACAACAUAGCUUACUCGCCGCCUAUGACUGCAAGGUGUUUGUUUCUGGUGGCAUUGAUCAAAUGUUUGUCAUCUUUCGGACUUUCAGUUAAAUCA